UGCAACUACAAAACGUUUUCUUAACACAACAAUCAACCAACUGAAUGAGACACUGCAAAGAAUGAAAGUAUGUGAAACACAGGCUAACUUCAGUAUGGGGUGCACGGUGUCUUACAGCUUUACCAGGAAAUUCUCAACCAACUUCACGUCUCGCCAGGUUGAAACCAUUACAUGCUCAUGGAAUGAAGUAAUGAAACAGAGAGAAGUCUUCGGAAUCGGUAUAUAUAAAUUGCUAUUGGAGUCAGAAAGAGAGCUGAGGAAGCUGUUUCCAAAGAUCGUUUGCUAUGACAACGUCGAACGCUUCACUGUAGACGAAGAGCAUCUCCGACGUCAUGCACUGCUUGUGAUGGACGGCAUCGGCUUUGCUGUCGAAUGCCUCGACGACGUUGGGAAACUGGACCACUUUCUGACAAUGGUCGGUAAACGUCAUUACGAGUCUCGGGUUCCCGAGCGCGUGUUGAAGAAAUUGUGGCCUGCGCUUGACGGGAGUUUUACGGCAACGUUAAGAGAUACUUACUCGAGAGAAGCACGGAAGGCCUGGCAUUUCUUCUUUCACUACAUGGUCAAUGUGAUGAAGAUUGGGAUGAAUGAAGCGGAGAUGAGAGAUGUGUCAAGAAGGGGCAGAAAACUGAGUGACUGACACCGCUGCUCCUGAUGUACGCAGCGUCUCCAAGUUCAUCUCAGAACAUCGCUGUAAACUGACACUAACAGCCAACACCCUAUAUUAAAAGCUUAUAA